AUGUACCGCAGUGGUACGACGAACUCGCACCGUGACUCAUUGCAAAUCUCAUCUCUGGUGAUGGUGUGUUUCUAUUUUGCUACGUACACGGGAGGCGUUGAUGCCGUCCGCGUGCGGCCCACAGAACAGCAACUUUCCAUAGACAUAAAUAAUGAGGAAGUUUGCAUGUAUUCACAUGGUGUUCAUCGACGUGAAGGAGUGAUGUUUCAUUACCACUCCCUCCGUGGUGGCAAUGAUUUUGACUUUUACAUCCGCGACCCGGACAACAGAACGGUUUAUGUCUCAUACGCUGGUGAACACGCAGAUGAGGAACGUGUGUACUUCACUAAGCGAGUGCUUGGCGAGUAUUCGUAUUGUGUAGACAACAGGCCGUACACGGGAAGCAUCAAGACAGUGAAAAUGAGCGUUGGGAUGACGUCCCUCAAGCGCUGGAAGGAUCGAAUCGAUCCACUCAUGCGAAUGAUGGAUGGCUCGGACCGGUUCAUGUUGGCCAUGCAUGACGACCAGAUGAUUUUCAGACUCCGUGAAGAACAUUUACGGAAGAAAGUGCAAGAAAGUAAGAAAUUGGUGCUAUUCCGUGGUGUAGCCGAGACAGCGGUCAUCCUUUUUGUUUGUACUCUGCAAGUGUUGCUCAUCAAGCGCAUGUUUAACCGAAAGGGAACCCGAGCAGUGGCCUAG